AUGGCUAAUUACGGCGUGUCGCUGCUUUUGGCUGUUGUCUCGUUGAUGGCCGGAUCGGCCAUGGGUGUACCGAUGGCUUCCGGGUACGGUUACACAACUACGGCGUCCUACUACACAACAACGUACGCUUCUCCUAGUUACACAACUAAAGCACCCGAGUACUACACCGAAGCACCCAAGUAUUACACAACCAAGGCUCCUGAGUACUACACUACCACGUAUGCAGCUCCAUCGUAUUACACCGAGGCACCAAAGUACUACACCACAAAGGCUCCUGAGUACUACACCACCACGUAUGCAGCUCCAAGCUACUACACCGAGGCGCCCAAGUACUACACCACAAAGGCUCCUGAGUACUACACUACCACCUACUACACAGAAGCCCCGAAAUACUACUCUGCUCCAAGCUACACAACCACAGUUGCCCCGUACUACACCACAACUGAAGCAGCCAAGUACUAUGUAGCCCCAACUUACUACACUGCUGCUGCUCCAUCUUAUUAUGCUGAGCCAACUUACUACACCGAAGCUCCAGUUUAUUACACUACAACUUACGCUACUCCAAGCUACUACACCACCAAGGCACCUGAAUACUAUACCGAGAAGGCCGAAUAUUACACAACAACGUACGCUGCCCCGACUUACUACACUGAGGCUCCGAAAUAUUACUCAGCUCCGAGUUACUACACCGAGGCUCCGGUUUACUACACAACAACAUACGCCGCUCCAACCUAUUACACUGAGGCUCCCAAGUACUACUCAGCUCCAAGCUACUACCAGACUGAGGCUCCUCAAUACUACACCACUAAGGCACCAGAAUACUACACAACAACCUAUGCCGCUCCGACCUACUACACUGAGUCCCCGAAAUAA